CAAUAAUUCGCUAGAUUAGUCAAAUAUUGGUGAAGCCAAAGCAGAAAAUCUAUGUUUACUGGUUGCAAGAUAUUCUGACAAUCAGUUAGACCUGUUCGUCGCUAUAUGCGGCGGGCAUUUAGAUGAAUCGGUGACUUCAGGGAGAACUCCAUCCCAAACACGGCUUGAAAAUGUUUGUGAUUUGUGAAAUCUGCGAUAUCACAAUCAACACAGCUGAAGAAUAUGACCGUCACAUAUCAGGAAAAAGGCACAUUAACCAUCUCAACUACUACAGAGAGAAAAAGCAACAUGCUAUGUGUAGCGUGUUUGUGAAGGGAUUCCCACCAAAAACUACUGAAUGGGAGUUGAAAGUCUACUUCAACAACUUUGGCCCAGUGGACAAAGUGAUUUUUGACAAGAAAGAUGAGAAGUUCCCCCAGUAUGCCAUAAUAGAGUUUAAGUAUGACCAGGCGGCUGACAAUUGUUUGAGCUACACUCAUCCACACAUCCUCAACAGUACCAAACUAAAUGUAAGGAAGCGUGACUUUAAGGAGCUUUCUGAAACACCCUACUUCCCAUGGCAGAAAGAGAGAGGUCAACAAAAUCACUCUUGGAACCAGCCUGGAGGUGUUCAGCAUGCACAUGGGCCACCCCAGGGUCAGUAUGAUCCUUGCUGGGACACACAAAUGGGGCAGGCAGACUUCCACAACCCAACUGGAGAUCCAGGUUAUGAACCCCACUGGCAGAUGGAUGGUGGGUACGGAAGUAACAUGAGAAAUUUUGAUCCAAAUUAUGAUCCAAAUAUUUAUCCCGAUUUCCAAGGUGGAUAUGGUCAGCAAGGUCAAGACAAGGGUCAGGGUAAUCAAGGUCAGCAAGGGCAGAAAGGUCAACCAGGUAUUCCCGGGAAAGGGAAGAAGAAAAAGAAGAAAAAGGGCGGUGGUAACCCGCAGCCUCCAGAUAAACCGAAGAUAAAGAGGGAGGACGUUAUUGAUCUCCCCGUCACAGUGGAGGAUUUUCUACAGGAAAUGAUGUCACAGACUCAGAAAGGGAUUCAGGCGGAGAUGGGUGUGCUAGCUGACAUGAUCCAAGUUACAUCACAAGAGCUCCAGUCACGCUAUGUCAUCUGUAAAACUCUGGAAGAUGUCCUCUCCAUGUUCUUUCCAGGUGUUGGCAUCAAUCAAUUUGGAUCAUCUGUGAAUGGUUUUGGGAUAAAAGGCUGUGACAUGGAUGUAUUUAUAGACCUAACAAAUUUAGGUAUACCCUGUCGUUCACAGGCUAUAGAAUUGCCAUACGUACGGGACAUUAGGUUCCUGAAGAAACAGAAGGGGCCACUAGGUCAUGAUGAUAUCGUCAAGCUGAUGACCAUAGAUAAAGCAAAGCUAAUUUUGCGAAUCCUCAUCGAACAUGCACCAGCCUGUUCUGACUUGACUUUAAUACCAAGCAAUCGCUGUCCAAUUGUACGCUUCACACAUCUGGAAUCUGGCAUUAAGUGUGAUCUUUCCAUUGAUAACAAAUUGGCCCUACAGAAUACCCGUCUUCUACAGACGUUGAGUCUGUAUGAUCAGCGAGUACGUCCAAUUGUGUACGUAGUACGGUACUGGGCCAAACUGAAAGGGAUAGCGGGGAACCCACGAGCAGGACCAUGUCUCUCCAACUACGCUCUCACUCUCAUGGUCAUCUACUACCUUCAGAAUGUUCGUCCGAAGGUGCUGCCCACCGUACAGGAAAUGGCUGAUCUGUGUGGUAAUCAACGUACCAUAAUCAAUCGCUGGGAUUGCUCCUUUGUGGCUGCACAGUUCAUACCUCCUACCAUGAAUUCACAGACAACAGAGGACCUGUUAGCUGGAUUUUUCUCCUUCUAUGCCGAGUUUGAUUUCCACACUAUGGGUAUGAUUAUGCGGACAGGGCAGCCAUUUGCUGUUUCAGAAGCAGCAAACCUAGCAAUACCUAUGAAGAUGGGGUUCUUUAAUAUCCAGGAUCCAUUUGUGUUGGAUCAUAAUAUAACAUUCAACAUCAAUGAGAAGACACGACAACUCAUUGCCGUAGAGUUUCGCAUUGCGGCAGCAAAAGCAGCAAAGUGGAAACAACCAGAGAAAACUGCCUCCAAGACUAUACUGGAUCUGUUUACAGAGGAUGUCCCUGAGGGAGUGGAAUUUUCUGAUCUGACCAGUAAAACAAGCUCUGGAAUCCAGCUUGGAGAAUACCAGUUUACUCUAGAACUCAAGGUGGAUGCCUUGGAUCAAGGCUUGAUUCAUACGUUAAGAAAGACUGGAAACCUACAGGUGGCUUGGUGCAGGAAAAUGUGUGUUUUCGCAUAUGGUAUUCUGGAGCGUGUACUUAUGUAUGAUAUAGAAAUCAACAAAACAAAUUUGACAGAACCGCUGCCAAAGUCUCGUUAUUAUGACCACAAAACAAAAGGAAGAAAGCGUGCGAACAGCUCGGAGUCACAGGAGGCUGAGAACAAGAAAACCAAAACGGGAACAACAACAGAGAAACCUGCAACUUCUACAGAAGGACAAAAUAGUGCUAAAGCAACUGUGAGUGUCUUAGCUGGUCCAGGAAUGGAAGCCAUGCCUGGUGAGGGAACAGAUUCUAAAUCAACAGAGGGGGCGGAGGCUGCCGCAGUGCAACAAGAAGUGCCGAUGGAUGAAGAGAAUCAAACUGACUAUGAGGAUGCAGAUGUGUAUCUUGAUAUGGAUAUAAAGAUUUUCUGCAGAACAUGGGCAGAACGUAAAAAGUUUAUGGCUGCCUUUAAGGCGCGUGGAUACUCGGAUAGUGUCGAACUAGAACAAGCUGUAUCAGAACGCCUUUACUACGACCACUUCAAAACCGCUAAGUCUCCUAUUGUUGAAUAUAAUUUUAUUGUUAAGUCCAUCGUGGCUGGUAGUACAGCUUCGCUGCUGUUUACUGUACAGGGUGAUAAAGAUCAAAAGGAAUUUUACUGCGUUUAUCAUUACAUCAAAAAGUUUAUCACUAAAAUGGCAGAUAAGCAUUUCACUUGACUUGUCGAAUAUGAUUUCAUAAUUAUCAUAAAGAGUAUAACAUCGUCCUGAUGUAAUCCCAAAAGAACAGUAAAUGAUGUGUUUUCGCGGACUUCAAAUAAAAUAUCGCUUCAGAUGACUUUUUAAUGGAAAGAAGAUAUCACUUGUAGUACAUGUGGCUGUUCUGAAGUUCUUCAUAUAGAAAAUAUAUAAUGUCAUUGUCAGUGUUAGAUCUGCUUAUCUAUAGAAUUUCAUAUAUAACUUAUGACAGUACAUUAAUGGAUUCCACAAGUUUUCUAAAACCUUGUCAGACUAAUUACUGAGGAAUAAGAAUGUAUUUCACUGGUGAAAAAAUAUCUUCAGUUAUCAAAAAAUAUGAAAGAGAAGGUUUGAAAUGAGUUUUGAAAGUCUGUCACUAGCAGAACCAUUUUUAAAAUUAAUGUUUUUUUCAUUGUUUUGGAAUUAAGUUGGUUAAUUAAGGUGGUAGACUUCACUAAGUCCUUACUGAGCUGUAGAGCAUUACUGUUGUAGUGUUUCAUGGUCCAUCGAUCGUGACAAUGAGAUCGCUCACCAACACAUGUUGGUGUCCUGAUGUAGGUGUUUGAUACUGUACUCAGUGAGAUUUAUAAUGACUGCAUACAGACAUGUUACAAUAUGGGAACUUUAUCAGUGUUAUAACGACUGCAUACAGACAUGUUACAAUAUGGGAACUUUAUCAGUGUUAUAACGACUGCAUACAGACAUGUUACAAUAUUGGAACUUGAUCAGUGUUAUAACGACUGCAUACAGACAUGUUACUAUAUGGGAACUUUAUCAGUGUCAUAACGACUGCAUACAGACAUGUUACAAUAUGGGAACUUUAUCAGUGUCAUAACGACUGCAUACAGACAUGUUACAAUAUGGGAACUUUAUCAGUGUUAUAACGACUGCAUACAGACAUGUUACAAUAUUGGAACUUUAUCAGUGUUAUAACGACUGCAUACAGACAUGUUACAAUAUUGGAACUUUAUCAGUGUUAUAACGACUGCAUACAGACAUGUUACAAUAUGGGAACUUUAUCAGUGUUAUAACGACUGCAUACAGACAUGUUACAAUAUGGGAACUUUAUCAGUGUUAUAACGACUGCAUACAGACAUGUUACAAUAUUGGAACUUUAUCAGUGUUAUAACGACUGCAUACAGACAUGUUACAAUAUGGGAACUUUAUCAGUGUUAUAACGACUGCAUACAGACAUGUUACAAUAUUGGAACUUUAUCAGUGUUAUAACGACUGCAUACAGACAUGUUACAAUAUGGGAACUUUAUCAGUGUUAUAACGACUGCAUACAGACAUGUUACAAUAUUGGAACUUUAUCAGUGUUUAUAACGACUGCAUACAGACAUGUUACUGUAUGGGAACUUUAUCAGUGCUAAGCACAAAAUCGCCCAACAGCAGUGUGUACUUUCAUGUUUUUAUCAUCAUUGACGAAAUGAAUGACAGAUGGGACCGGAUCGGAGAAUUCAUCAUUCAUUGAUAUGUAUGCUGUAGUGUUUCACCAAAUCAUUGUCUUGUCAGAAGACAUUUUGUUGUUGACAGUUUUCUGUCUGUUUGACUGAACUAAAACAGUCUUCAGUAUUGUUUUGUAAACUAAACAUGUGAACCUGGAAUAUCAAAAUGGAGUUACCUCCCUUCCUGCUUUACUUUACCCUGUUAAUGGCUGGUUUCUUGUAUCUUCUUUGUUGAAUUUCUUAAAGAAAACCCAUAGGGUUGAUUACUGUGUUAAUUUCUGGUUGCCUUUAUUGUUUUUUAUGAAUUGUGUAUAAAAACGUGAUUGAUUAUUUUGUAAUAAAGAAGAAAAAGAA